AUGGCGAUGGAGGCGCGCCGGCGGGUGCAGGACCCGGUGUACGGCUGCGCCGGGAUCGUGGACCGCCUCCUGGGAGAGAUCAGAGCGGCGCAGUGCGAGCUGACCAGGACGCAGGCCCAGAUCGCCGUGCACGCCGCGGCAGCUCGCGCGCCGCACCCGGCGUCGGCGGUGGACGCGCUGGCGGCGGCACAGCACGCGCCGGCGGCCCCUCUGCAGCAGCAAGACGACGACGACGAUGCGCGGGAGCCGUUCCAAGGAUUGGAUGCCCUGCUCAUCGAUGAUUAUCGCUGGGAUGCUUUAACUCGCUUGCUUUGA